GACAGAAAGUUACAAACGGAGAGAUAGAGCAAAGAACGAGAGGGCCAAAAUCCUUGCUCAUUUUUCUCAGCCAAGGAUAGAUUAUGGAACCAACUAGCUAUUAGCUAAGCUUCUCGGGCUUACCUUAUCCUAUCCGUUCCAUCUCUCUCUCUCUCUCUCUCUCUCUCUCUCUCUAAUCUCUCCCAAAUCUCUCUCCCUCAAUGCAUAUAUCCUUUCCUCUCUCUCCAGUACCUAUUCUCUCCACCUUUCUCUUGGCCCCUCCCCUCCUCCUACACAUUCCUUUUCUCUACUCAUCAUUCUCGCUUCCUUAAACAGUAAACUUGCUUACAUAUAUAUAAACAUACAUGUACAAAAUAUGCACACUCCAAACCACUAUAGCAAUUCUUUUGAACAUAUGAAGAUAAAAUAAAAAAAGUUCACACUUCAGUUUUGUACAAGAUUUUGUAGUGGAUAGAGAUUUUUAGGAGUGCUUUAACUGUUAUGUAACGGUUAAUAAAUAGUAUACACACAGAUAUAUAGCUACCCAUUAAGCCUGUGUUCAAGAAACUAGCUCGGAGAACUCAGCAAAAUGGCUCCAAAAACCGGGAAAACAAAGCCUCACAAGGCCAAAGGAGAGAAGAAGAAAAAAGAAGAGAAAGUGUUGCCCACUGUGAUAGAAGUGAUGGUGGAAACGCCAGACGGUACACAGCUGACGCUAAAGGGAAUAUCAACGGACAGGAUCUUGGAUGUGAGGAAGCUAUUAGCCGUCCACGUGGAGACCUGUUAUCUCACUAAUUAUUCAUUCUCACACGAGAUUCGAGGAGCUAAACUGAAAGAUUCGGUAGAAAUCGCGACUCUGAAGCCAUGCAGCCUCGCCAUUGUUGAAGAGAAUUACAGCGAAGAAUCGAGCGUGACACACAUUAGACGCCUCUUGGACAUUGUUGCAUGCACCACAUUUUUUGGCGGUUCGUCUUCUCCUAAACCGCCCGGUCGGCCUGUUCUUAACGAACCCGGUUCAGUUGAACCGCUAUCCGGUCUAGACAGUGCCGGUUCGACUGAGAAAAAAUCGACGGCAAACGGCGUCAAGUCGCCGAAGACGGACGGUGACUCGGUGACGGCGAUGAUGUGUCCGCCACCUAGACUUGGGCAGUUCUAUGACUUCUUUUCGCUUUCUCACCUCACUCCACCUAUUCAAUAUAUCAGGAGAUCAGCUAGACCAUUUCUAGAGGAUAAAACAGAUGAUGAUUUCUUCCAAAUUGAUGUCAGGGUCUGCAGUGGUAAGCCAACAACGAUCGUUGCUUCUAGGAACGGAUUUUACCCAGCUGGAAAACGCAAUCUUUUGAGUCACUCGUUGGUGGGGUUAUUGCAGCAAUUGAGCAGGGUGUUUGAUGCCGCAUAUAAAGCUCUCAUGAAAGCGUUUGUCGAGCAUAAUAAAUUUGGAAACUUGCCUUAUGGUUUUCGAGCCAACACAUGGGUUGUUCCUCCAAUUGUUAUUGAUAACCCAUCUCUCUUUCAUCCACUUCCCUUGGAAGAUGGAACUUGGGGAGGAAGUGGAGGUGGACAAGCAAGAGAUGGCAAGCAUGAUCAAAGGGAAUGGGCAAAAGAGUUCUCAAUUCUUGCAGCAAUGCCUUGUAAAACUCCAGAAGAGAGACAAGUUAGAGACAGGAAGGCCUUUUUACUACAUAGCUUAUUUGUCGACGUUUCAGUCUGUAAAGCAGUUGCAGUCAUUUCGAGUCUCAUCAGCAACAGUCAAAGCCCUACUCCUAGUGCUCCAGCUUCACAUGAGGAAAUAAUUGGAGAUCUACAUAUGUUAGUGACGAGAGAUAUGUCCAAUGCAAGCACAAAACUCGAUGGCAAGAGUGAUGGAUGUCGGGUUCUAGGAGUGUCAGAAGAAGAAGUUGCAAAGAGAAACUUACUCAAAGGCAUAACCGCAGAUGAAAGUGCCACAGUCCAUGAUACUUCAACUUUAGGUGUAGUGGUUGUCAGACAUUGUGGAUUCACAGCUGUUGUAAAAGUUGCAGCUGAGGUGAACUGGAAUGGAAAGCCCAUUCCUAAUGACAUUGACGUAGAGGACCAACCGGAGGGAGGUGCUAACGCAUUGAAUGUAAAUAGCUUAAGAAUGCUACUGCACAAGCCAUCCACACCUCAAUCGUCUGGUGCAUAUCAAAAGUCACAGACCACUGAUGGUGAAGAUUUACAUUUUGCUACAUCUUUGAUAAGGAAAGUAUUGGAAGAAAGCUUGCUGAAGUUGCAGGAGGAAGGCUUGAAAGAAACAAAGUCUAUCCGAUGGGAGCUGGGAGCAUGUUGGGUGCAACAUUUACAGAAUCCAGUUUCAGGGAAAUCAGAAUCCAAGAAGACUGAAGAAUCUAAGGUCGAAGCAGCUGUAAAGGGUCUUGGGAAGAACGGUGGAUUGCUGAAGGAUAUUAAGAAGAAAUUGGAUGAAAAGAAUAGCAAAACUGAACAAGGAAAGGAGGCGAAUAGCUUGGACCUGCAGAAAUCAUCUGGUAAUAAUCAGAAAGAAUCAGAGAAACAAGAUGAGGAGAAAGAAAACAUGUGGAAAAAACUGCUUCCUGAGGCAUCAUAUCUGCGCCUUAAGGAAUCAGAAACUGGUCUACACCUUAAGUCACCUGAUGAGUUAAUUGAGAUGGCACAUAAGUAUUAUGCGGAAAUUGCUCUUCCAAAACUGGUAGCAGAUUUUGGCUCACUUGAACUUUCACCAGUUGAUGGAAGGACAAUGACAGAUUUCAUGCACACUAGGGGUCUAAGAAUGUGCUCCUUAGGGCGUGUGGUUGAACUUGCAGACAAGCUCCCUCAUGUGCAAUCUCUUUGUGUACAUGAGAUGGUUGUUCGAGCUUACAAACACAUAGUACAGGCUGUUGUUGCAGCAGUUAAUAACUUUGCUGAUUUGGCUGCUGUAAUAGCGUCAUGCUUAAAUAUGUUGCUGGGGACACCAUCUGGGGACAGUUCUAAUGCAGAAAAUGACAGUAUAGACACAUUGAAGUGGAAGUGGGUGGAAACCUUCCUUGUGAAGAGAUUUGGAUGGCAGUGGAAACACCAAAGCUCUCAGGAUCUCCGUAAAUUCUCUGUUCUUCGUGGGCUUUGCCAGAAAGUUGGACUUGAGAUUGUUCCUAGGGACUAUGAUAUGGAUUCAGUCUCACCUUUCAAGAAGCUAGAUAUUGUGAGCAUGGUUCCUGUAUACAAGCAUGUUGCAUGCUCGUCUGCUGAUGGAAGGACUCUGUUGGAAUCAUCUAAGACUUCGUUAGACAAAGGGAAAUUAGAGGAUGCUGUAAAUUAUGGCACUAAGGCACUUUCGAAACUUGUGGCGGUAUGUGGCCCUUAUCAUCGAAUGACAGCAGGUGCAUAUAGUCUUUUGGCUGUCGUCCUCUACCAUACUGGGGACUUUAAUCAGGCUACCAUCUAUCAGCAAAAAGCUCUAGAUAUCAAUGAGAGAGAGCUUGGACUGGACCACCCAGAUACGAUGAAAAGUUAUGGAGAUUUAGCGGUUUUCUAUUACAGGCUGCAACACACAGAGUUGGCCUUGAAGUAUGUCAAUCGUGCACUGUAUCUUCUGCAUCUAACAUGCGGGCCUUCUCAUCCAAACACUGCUGCCACAUAUAUCAAUGUAGCAAUGAUGGAAGAAGGUCUAGGGAAUGCACAUGUUGCGCUAAGGUACCUUCACGAGGCUCUGAAGUGUAAUCAAAGACUACUUGGUGCUGAUCAUAUACAAACAGCUGCUAGCUAUCAUGCUAUAGCCAUUGCUCUCUCUUUGAUGGAAGCUUACUCCUUAAGUGUUCAGCAUGAGCAAACUACUUUACAGAUAUUGCAGGCAAAGCUUGGACCAGAUGAUCUACGAACACAAGAUGCAGCUGCGUGGCUUGAAUAUUUUGAAUCCAAGGCUCUGGAACAACAAGAAGCUGCACGGAAUGGCACCCCGAAGCCAGAUGCCUCUAUCUCCAGCAAAGGUCACUUGAGUGUAUCGGACUUGUUAGAUUACAUAGCACCAGAUGCAGAUAUAAAAGCAAGAGAUGCCCAGAAGAAGCAAGCUCGUGCAAAGCUGCUUAAAGGCAAACCAGACCAACUUGAAGAGGCAGUUGCAGAUGAGUACCAAAAGGAUGAAAUUUCACCACCAGGAGACCUCAAUAAGACAAAUUCUACUACUGACGAAGAGAGCAAAUCUAAAUCACUAGACGUUUUUCAAUCUCAGUCUGCUGACGUGAUGCCUAAUAAAUCCGAACCUGUUCUACAUGAGCAGACUGGAUUGACCACAUACAGUGACCUGCAACCAGAUGACACCUCGGAUGAAGGAUGGCAAGAGGCUUUUCCUAAAGGUCGCUCACUGUCAGGACGUAAAUCAUCUAGUUCAAGAAAGCCAAGCCUAUCAAAAUUGAACACUACUUCAAUGACUGGUACCCAGUCCUCCAGGUACCGAGGGAAACCAACUAAUUUUACAUCUCCAAGAACAGGUUCAAACGAGUCUGCUGCUUCUGCUCUUCCUGUUUCAAAAAGUUUAACAAAGAGUGCGAGCUUCAGUCCAAAAUUAAAAAAUCCUACAACACCUGCUGGAACAGAAAAAGUACCCAACCCAAAGUCAGCUCCAGCUAGCCCGGCUGCAGCUGAGCAAGUUGCCAAGCGCGCUCAAGUUAUUAAUUCAGUUAGUGUAGCAGCUGCUGGAAAGCUUUUUUCCUACAAAGAAGUUGCUCUGGCUCCUCCUGGUAGUAUUGUUAAAGCAGUGGCCGAACAUUUACCCAAGGAAGGUGCAUCUGAAAAAAGUUCUGAAGUGACUAAAGAGAUAACAGAAUCGACUGAAAAAGAUUCUAAAGGACCGCACCCCUCAAAAAGUGAAGAUUUAGUUUCAGAUAAGGAAAUGAAGAUGACUGUUAUCAAAGAACAAGAAACAAAAGUUGAUGAAAAGAUUACAGCUCUUAAAGACCAAGAAUCUGACACCAUUCCAGAAGUAAAGAUCAUAUCUGAUGAUGCCACAAAAGUAAAAACCAAUCCUGGCUUGGAUACUUCGAGUUCUGGUACUUCUAAGAAUUCAAACACCAAUCUCAAAGGCGAAUUGUUGGGAGCAGAAGUAGAGAAAUUCUCAGCAACUCCUACAGAAUCUGGUUCUCCGGUUGUAAUGGUAGACAAAGAUGCCUCCAGUCCUGAAGCUGAGACACCGUCCAUAGAGAAAACUUUGCCUGAUGUAACUGGCGAUGGCGGAAAUGUUGGUUCUCUGGAAAAGGAUGCAGAAAAGCAAGUCAACACGAGUGCUAAUUCUGUCCCAGAGGUAACAGAAGGUGAUGCAAAAGAGAUGACCAAGAAGCUAUCUGCAGCUGCACCGCCAUAUAAUCCAUCUACUGUUCCAAUUUUUGGUUCAGUUGCAAUAUUAGGCAUACCGGAACAGGGUGGUAUACUGCCUCAGCCAGUGAAUAUUCCACCCAUGCUUACAGUUAAUCCUGUCAGAAGAUCACCGCAUCAAUCAGCAACAGCAAGAGUGCCCUACGGUCCCCGACUUUCAGGUGGUUAUAACAGAUCUGGUAGUCGUGUUUCACGUAACAAACCUGCGUUCCACAGUGUUGAACAUGCUGUAGAUGGUAACCACUUCAUGCCUCCAUUAAUUAUGAAUCCGCAUGCAGCUGAGUUUGUACCUAGCCAGCCAUGGGUUCCUAAUGGCUAUCCAGUUGCUCCUAAUGGUUAUUUAGCUUCCGCAAACAAUUACCCCAUGUCUCCAGAUGAUACUCAAGUAGCACCUACUGUGACUCAAAAUGAUAUUCCAUUAUCUCCUGUUAGUCCGGAAAAAUCUCCUUCAGCAACUGUUGAAGUUGCAGCAGAUAAUAGUGAAGAAUCCUCGCAUGAUGAGAAAAACAUCAACCAGGAUGUUUCCGAAGAACAGGAUCUGUCCGUAGUUACUGAAGAAGAUGCAGGUGGCGCAGAAUCAGGUUCUGUUCCGUCUCUAUCCAAUGAUAAAAUUGAUCAGUCUGUAGCUGAAACCAAAACAGAUACCAUUGCACCUUCAAUUCAUGUUGCUGCCACAGACAAAAACUGUGUGAAAAUUCCGGUUGAAGAGAAAGCAGACAAGCGCUGGGGAGAUUACAGCGACGGUGAAACUGACAUUGUCCAGGUUACAUGCUAAAACUUUUUUUUUUAAUUUCUCGGAAAUAGAACUGGCCUGUCCCUAGAUCAGUGUUUUGUUACUGUUGAGAGACGAAUACGCCAUUAGGAAGUCAGUAAUUUCUUACAGAACUUCAAAAGGGGAAGGGUGCAUGAUAAUCUGAUCUGCCUCGAUGAACCAGAUUUCAUAGGUGUUAAAGGCUGCCUUUCAAGUUGAUUUUUUUUACAGUGGAAGCAUCUUCAGCUAGCUUGCGGAUGAUUUUAUUGUUUUACUUUUCCAGCCUCACAGUUUUGUUUUGUUUUUGCGGGUGAAAUGAUUAGAUUGUGAGCAGCUUGACAUUAGCAGGUCAUAUUCAGGAGUGAUGACUGUGACUUAAUUUUGAAACUUUACUAAUUUGUAGUAUGGAGUUUUUUCCACUGUUAUUGUUUAUUGUGGAUGUAAUAAACAGGAUAAUCCCACAUUUGUGACAAUAUGGCAUUGUUUAUGAACAGGCUACUAUCCUUCAGCCUAUUUACUGUUUGACA